UCAUGCUUCUUACACUGCUACAACGUGGCGCCUGUGAAGUUUUGUAUAGGAUUCCGAAUAGCAAUGAUCAAGUUGAGCGCUCCAGAGAACCCUUCGUUAUUAUUUGCGUCAACCCAGACGUAAUUUAGAGACAAGGUUCUCGUUCUGCUGGGGUAACGGACCAAGACUGGCAGUGAGAAGUUGUCCGACGUCAGAGACUACUCCCCCAAGUGCACAGCGCGACGUAGAGGACACACACACCAUGAUGGAGAAGCCUCCAUUGCCUAGCAAUGAGGAGGGCACUAGGAUGGGAGAGAGUCGGUCGGAGGCGGAGCUCCUGGACUUGGGAGUGCAGGGGACCUCCGGGGGCGUGGCGUCGUCUGGGGAUGCAGACGACCGCCCGGCGUGGGACAGCAAGCUGCAGUAUGUACUGGCUCAGGUGGGCUUCAGCGUGGGCUUGGGGAACGUAUGGAGGUUCCCCUACCUCUGCCAUCAGAACGGAGGAGGCGCAUUCAUGGUUCUCUAUGUCAUGCUGUUGGUGGUGGUGGGGGUUCCCCUGUUCUUCAUGGAGCUGGCUGCGGGCCAGUGUAUCCGUCAGGGCAGCAUCGGUGUGUGGAAGCACAUCUCCCCCAAGCUGGCCGGUAUCGGCUACUCCAGCUGCAUGGUGUGUUUCUUUGUGGCUCUCUACUACAAUGUCAUCAUCGCAUGGAGUCUCUUCUACAUGGGCAACUCCUUCCAGUAUCCUCUACCUUGGGAGCAGUGUCCCAUCAACAUGACCACCAAUUACACUGUAAAGGAAUGCUUAGGUAGCUCCCCAACCACAUACUUCUGGUUCCGGAAGGCUCUAGACAUCACAGACUCCAUCGAUGAGUCUGGUGAGUUUAACCCCAUCAUGACAGGCUGUCUGCUGGCUGCCUGGGCCAUCGUCUGUCUAGCAAUGAUCAAAGGCAUCAAGUCGUCUGCCAAGGUGAUGUAUUUCUCCUCAGUCUUCCCCUAUGCUGUGCUGUUCAUCUUCCUCGUCAGAGGCUUGAUGCUGGAUGGAGCCAUGGAGGGAAUCGCCUACAUGUUCUACCCUAAAAUAGAAAUUUGGGCUAAGGUGCAGGUGUGGCGGCAGGCAGCCACACAGGUGUUCUUUGCCCUGGGCCUGGGCUACGGCUCUGUGAUUGCCUACUCUUCCUACAACCCCAUCCACAACAACUGUCACCGUGACGCGCUCAUGGUCUCUUGCAUCAACUUCAUGACCUCAGUGCUCGCAUCACUGGUGGUGUUCGUAGUGCUGGGCUUCAGGGCCAAGAACAUUGUCCUGAACUGCAUCACCCAAAAUCUGGGCCUGUUAAACGACAUGGCCACACAUGGAAGCAACCAUCACUGGUGGCCGUGGUUCAACAUGUCUGAUCCUGCCUCCGUCACCAUACCUGACUACAGAGAAUGGUACCAUCACUACGGCUCCCAGGUGGGGACAAACAUCACCGACUGUGACCUGGAUGAGGAGAUGAGCAAGGGUGUGGAAGGGACGGGCCUGGCGUUCAUUGCCUUCACAGAGGCCAUGGCCCAGUUCCCUGCCAGCCCCUUCUGGUCCACGCUCUUCUUCCUCAUGCUGCUCAACCUGGGCAUGAGCACCAUGUUCGGCACCAUGCAGGGGAUCCUCACCCCCCUCAUGGACAACUUCAGCCUGCUGGGACGCCACCGGACCAUGCUCACAGUGUGCAGCUGUGCUCUGGGCUUUGUGAUCGGACUUUUGUUUACCCAGCGCUCGGGGAACUACUUUGUGACAAUGUUCGAUGACUACUCUGCUACCCUACCCCUGAUCAUCGUGGUGGUCUUUGAGACAUUCGCUGUGGCCUGGGUGUACGGAGCUGACCGCUUCUUGGAUGACAUUGAGAUCAUGCUGAAAUGGCGCCCCCCGGUGCUGUAUAAGUACCUGUGGAAGUACGUGUGUCUGUUUGCUAUGGUGGGCCUGCUGGCGGCAAGUCUACUGCGAAUGGUCUUCAAACGACCGACCUACACAGCCUGGAAUCACACCACGGCAUCGGAGACAACUCUGGAGUACCCAGGCUGGGCCCUGGCCAUGUUGGCCAUGCUGAUCCUGGCUGCCACCCUGCCUGUCCCUGUUGGCUACUUCCACUCCUGGCUGAAGAACCGUGGCAUGGGCCCCGAGGGGGAGCUCGCGGGCCAGGAGAUAGACAGAGAGAGGUACACCAAGUGCAACUCCAGCGACGCCCUGGACUCCAACUCCCAGCAAACUCCUUCGGUGGAGGAUGAUGGCCGACCCAGGGCUAGCUUCCUACCACUGGGCCUCGACCACUACAGACUCCUCCCACAACAGGAAGACGUGGAGGAGGAAGAAGAGGAUACGAUGUGAGAGAGGGGUUUGAGAAUCAAGGGACGAAGAGAGGAGAGUGGCAGUCGGAAAGAGAGCCCCACUUUAGAGAGAGAGAGAGAGAGAGAGAGAGAGCGAGCAUCUCUUGACUGAAAUAGUGGAAAGGACUCCACUUAUAUCCCCAGACUUUUAAUUGAUAAGGAAUCUUAAUAAUGUAUUACAAUGUAUAUGACCGUUAAUCCAUAUUACCAAAGAAACCUAACAUUAGCACAAUGUAAUAACCUGUAUCCUUAGUGCCAACGCACACCUAUCAAUGACCUAUCAUAAGUGACCUAUCAUAAGUGACCUAUCAUAAGUGACUUAUCAUAAGUCACGUAUCAUAAGUGACCUAUCAUAAGUAACAUCAUAAUUGACCUAUCAUAAGGGACCUAUUAUAAGUAACCUGGGGUGGCAGGUAGCCUAGGGGUUAGAGUGUUGGGCCGGGAACUGAAAGGUUGCUGGAUCGAAUCCCUGAGCUGACAAGGUAAAAAUCUGUUGUUUUGCCCCUGAACAAGGCAGUUAACCCACCUUUCCCUGGUAGGCUGUCAUUGUAAAUACGAAUUUGUUCUUAACUGACUUGCCUAGUUAAAUUGACUAUUUACUAUUUUGACUAUUAUAAGUGACCUAUUAUAGGUGACCUAUCAUUAUACUGCUAAGUACUGUAAGAAGUGACUUAUUAUAGGUGACCUAUCAUUAUACUGAUAAGUACUGUAAGAAGUGCCUUAUUAUAGGUGACCUAUCAUUAUACUGAUAAGUACUGUAAGAAGUGCCUUAUUAUAGGUGACCUAUCAUUAUACUGAUAAGUACUGUAAGAAGUGCCUUAUUAUAGGUGCCUUAUUAUAGGUGACCUAUCAUUAUACUGAUAAGUACUGUAAGAAGUGCCUUAUGGUUCAAGUGCUGUAUUAACACACCCAGGAUCCUGUUCCUUGAACUGUGAUGACAGUUUCAACUAGCUGCUCAUUCUAAGUAUGACUUGUAUUCUUGGGUUUCUUGUAGUUUGACUUGAUUCUGCUCCAAAGACGCUUAUGAAGGUGAGGAGUAUUGAGGGAAGCGAAGGACUUUACAGUUCAGCUUACUAUUGCAUAGUAAUACUCUUGUAAGACAAGUAGAGGCUCUGAUCCAGAGAGCCACAAAAUAUAUAUUUGAUAUAUUCUGAUAUGCAGUUUUUUUAUUAGGGUGCUAAACUUAGUUCAAGAAAGUAAGGAGCUGAAUUUGGGGCAAAGAUUGGGGAAGUUGUGCAGUGGGACUCGGUAUGACCAGUGACCAGUAACCGCCCAUAAACAAAGAUCCUGCAAAAGUAACUUCUAAAGGAUGUUUAGAAAAUAACAUGCCUUGUGUCUGGGGUUUUACUGAGUAGUAGUAUGUGAUGGUAGUGAGGAACAGUGCCUUGUGUCUGGGGUUUUACUGAGUAGUAGUAUGUGAUGGUAGUGAGGAACAGUGCCUUGUGUCUGGGGUUUUACUGAGUAGUAGUAUGUGAUGGUAGUGAGAAACAGUACAAUCCACAUAGCUGUGUGUUAGUAGUGUUAAUAGUAGUGAACGGACUGAAAGGGAACUUAACAUUCACAUCAUCCCCUGAUGCCUAUUGUUGCCUCUGACCCAACGUGUCUGUCUGUCUGUCAGAGGCCCCAUCAGGGGGCAGGUCACCAGGCAGAACCAGUGAGCUAGAGAGGCCCCACCAGGGGGCAGGUCACCAGGCAGAACCAGUGAGCUAGAGAGGCCCCACCAGGGGGCAGGUCACCAGGCAGAACCAGUGAGCUAGAGAGGCCCCAUCAGGGGCAGGUCACCAGGCAGAACCAGUGAGCUAGAGAGGCCCCAUCAGGGGCAGGUCACCAGGCAGAACCAGUGAGCUAGAGAGGCCCCAUCAGGGGCAGGUCACCAGGCAGAACCAGUGAGCUAGAGAGGCCCCAUCAGGGGCAGGUCACCAGGCAGAACCAGUGAGCUAGAGAGGCCCCACCAGGGGGCAGGUCACCAGGCAGAACCAGUGAGCUAAGUAUCUAAUAAUAUAUUUUGGACAUAGUGUAUAUCCAGUUCAUAAGAAACACUUACUUGAAACAGGAAUUGCAUUUUUGACUCUUACUUUCAAUGAGCUGCAACUUUACCUCCCUUAUGAUCUAGAGACCAUGGUGCAAAGUCUCAGUCCUCAAAGCAGACUACUCCUUUAACCUAAUCACACUGCCAUUCUGAUCAUAACCAUACUGUUCUGGUUCUACUACUCCUUUAACCUAAUCACACUGCCAUUCUGAUCAUAACCAUACUGUUCUGGUUCUACUCCUUUAACCUAAUCACACUGCCAUUCUGAUCAUAACCAUACUGUUCUGGUUCUACUACUCCUUUAACCUAAUCACACUGCCAUUCUGAUCAUAACCAUACUGUUCUGAUUCUACUCCUUUAACCUAGUCACACUGUCGUUCUGAUCAUAACCAUACUGUUCUGAUUCUACUCCUUUAACCUAGUCACACUGCCAUUCUGAUCAUAACCAUACUGUUCUGAUUCUACUCCUUUAACCUAGUCACACUGUCGUUCUGAUCCUAACCAUUUAACCAUUCUUAUCACCUUGUCCUUUGCAGGCCAGUUCAGCUUGGCUCAGAUCGACUCCGUAGUGUGAAAAGAACUGUUUUUUUAUCCUUGCCUUGUUACCAGAGAUUGAUUUGUCGCUGGGAAACGAGGUGUGUGCACACGUCAGCCAAUCAUUAGUUGAUCAUAAGAACCAGGGAGAAACACUAACCUAGCAGGACUGUGGACGUCGAGGGCCUGAGUUUAUGCACCCUUGAUCAAGACAAUCAACUGUUACUGUAUUUCUCAGUGUUGAGUUUAUCCAGGUCAACUGUUACUGUAUUUCUCAGUGUUGAGUUUACCCAGGUCAACUAAUACUGUAUUUCUCAGUGUUGAGUUUAUCCAGGUCAACUGUUACUGUAUUUCUCAGUGUUGAGUUUAUCCAGGUCAACUGUUACUGUAUUUCUCAGUGUUGAGUUUACCCAGGUCAACUAAUACUGUAUUUCUCAGUGUUGAGUUUAUCCAGGUCAACUAAUACUGUAUUUCUCAGUGUUGAGUUUAUCCAGGUCAACUGUUACUGUAUUUCUCAGUGUUGAGUUUAUCCAGGUCAACUGUUACUGUAUUUCUCAGUGUUGAGUUUAUCCAGGUCAACUGUUACUGUAUUUCUCAGUGUUGAGUUUAUCCAGGUCAACUGUUACUGUAUUUCUCAGUGUUGAGUUUACCCAGGUAAACUAAUACUGUAUUUCUCAGUGUUGAGUUUAUCCAGGUCAACUGUUACUGUAUUUCUCAGUGUAGAGUUUACCCAGGUCAACUGUUACUGUAUUUCUCAGUGUUGAGUUUAUCCAGGUCAACUGUUACUGUAUUUCUCAGUGUUGAGUUUACCCAGGUCAACUGGCUAACUCAUUGAUCCUGCCUGGUGAGUUUACCACCCAGCUCUGCCCAUUCAUGUCAUUAGAUAUAAAAUGGGAUUUCUGAGUGCUCUGCACAGCUAUAACCAUCAAAGCAAAGCUAGUAGCUGCAAUGGAGACUGCAGAGAUAACAGAAUCCUCCACAGUUACAACUGGGAUGUAGACUUCACAAUGAUUGUACAAACAUCAUCAUGGCAACACAGCGUGACUUAGGCCUUAUUAGUAACUGUAAUGAAAUAACAAAUGUAAUGAUUUAAUACCAGACAUGAACCCAGUUACAGUCCACUUCCACUGCUUUUCCAUUUAAAUCGUGUUUGAAAUUACUAUUUGAAAAAAAUACAAAUUCUAAUUCAUAUGAAAAAGGGAAUCUAAAAGUAGUGACAUUUCCAAAACUUGUUUACGACCCUGUUAUUACAUGGUAAUUACACAGCUUAUUUCAUUGGUUGUUAAUAUGGUUUAACAAGGUGAAGCCUAUGGCGUCAAGUGUGGCCAGAAACCUUACUGUACUAGAAGGAUUGGUACACUUGUAGUCCCGCAGUCAACCACACUCCAGGUCAGGGGUGGGCAACUCCAUUCCUCCAGGGCCUGAUUGGUGUCACACUUUUCCCCAUCCCCAGAUAAAACACCUGACUCCAAUAUCGUGAUCUUCAGUUUAGAAUGUAAUUAGUUUAAUCAGCCGUGUUUGCUAGGUGUGGGUGAAAAGUGUGACACCAUUCCGGCCCCAGGGGACUGGAGUUGCCCAUCCCUGCUCCAGGGGAAUGGAGUUGCCCAUCCCUGCUCCAGGGGAAUGGAGUUGCCCAUCCCUGCUCCAGGGGAAUGGAGUUGCCCAUCCCUGCUCCAGGGGAAUAGAGUUGCCCAUCCCUGUUCCAGGGGAAUAGAGUUGCCCAUCCCUGCUCCAGGGGAAUAGAGUUGCCCAUCCCUGCUCCAGGGGAAUAGAGUUGCCCAUCCCUGCUCCAGGGGAAUGGAGUUGCCCAUCCCUGCUCCAGGGGAAUAUAGAGUUGCCCAUCCCUGCUCCAGGAGAAUAGAGUUGCCCAUCCCUGCUCCAGGGGACUGCAGUUGCCCAUCCCUGCUCCAGGGGACUGGAGUUGCCCAUCCCUGCUCCAAGGGAAUGGAGUUGCCCAUCCCUGCUCCAGGGGACUGCAGUUGCCCAUCCCUGCUCCAGGAGAAUAGAGUUGCCCAUCCCUGCUCCAGGGGAAUGGAGUUGCCCAUCCCUGCUCCAGGGGACUGCAGUAGCCCAUCCCUGCUCCAGGGGAAUGGAGUUGCCCAUCCCUGCUCCAGGGGAAUGGAGUUGCCCAUCCCUGCUCCAGGGGAAUAGAGUUGUCCAUCCCUGCUCCAGGGGACUGCAGUUGCCCAUCCCUGCUCCAGGGGAAUGGAGUUGCCCAUCCCUGCUCCAGGGGACUGCAGUUGCCCAUCCCUGCUCCAGGGGAAUGGAGUUGCCCAUCCCUGCUCCAGGGGAAUGGAGUUGCCCAUCCCUGCUCCAGGGGAAUAGAGUUGUCCAUCCCUGCUCCAGGGGAAUAGAGUUGCCCAUCCCUGCUCCAGGGGAAUAGAGUUGCCCAUCCCUGCUCCAGGGGAAUAGAGUUGCCCAUCCCUGCUCCAGGAGAAUGGAGUUGCCCAUGCCUGCUCCAGGAGAAUAGAGUUGCCCAUCCCUGCUCCAGGGGAAUAGAGUUGCCCAUCCCUGCUCCAGGGGAAUAGAGUUGCCCAUCCCUGCUCCAGGGGAAUGGAGUUGCCCAUCCCUGCUCCAGGGGAAUGGAGUUGCCCAUCCCUGCUCCAGGGGAAU